GCCAGGGGGGCUGCAAUAUGGCGGAGGCGGAAGGGGAGAGCUUGGAGUCCUGGCUGAAUAAAGCCACCAAUCCUUCAAACCGCCAGGAGGACUGGGAAUACAUAAUUGGCUUCUGUGAUCAGAUCAACAAAGAGCUUGAAGGGCCCCAGAUUGCUGUCCGACUAUUGGCCCAUAAAAUCCAGUCUCCACAGGAAUGGGAGGCGGUGCAGGCCCUGACGACUCCCACAACAAAGAGCAACCGGCCCAAAGCGCCGGUCAUGGUGAGCCUGAGGAGCCCUGCUUUACAAGGAUGGGAGCCAAGGCAGUGAGCGCCAGCGGGUGCGUUCCUUGGCAUAAACUGCAGGUGCUAGAGGCAUGUAUGAAGAACUGUGGGAGGAGAUUUCAUAACGAAGUGGGAAAGUUCCGGUUUUUGAAUGAAUUAAUCAAAGUUGUCUCUCCAAAGUACCUGGGGGACAGAGUGUCUGAGAAAGUGAAGACCAAGGUUAUCGAGUUGCUUUUCAGCUGGACAUUGGCCCUGCCAGAAGAAUCAAAGAUCAAGGAUGCUUACCACAUGUUGAAGAGACAGGGCAUAGUGCAGUCUGACCCCCUGGUCCCUAUGGACAGGACGCUGAUCCCCUCUCCACCACCUCGUCCUAAAAACCCUGUUUUUGAUGAUGAGGAGAAAUCCAAGCUCUUAGCCAAGUUGUUGAAAAGCAAAAACCCAGACGACCUACAGGAGGCCAACAAGCUCAUCAAGUCCAUGGUGAAGGAGGAUGAGGCGCGGAUCCAGAAGGUGACCAAGCGUCUGCAUACGCUAGAGGAGGUUAAUAACAAUGUAAAACUGCUCAAUGAGAUGCUGCUUCACUACAGCAAAGAAGACUCUUCAGAAGCAGAUAAGGAGCUCAUGAAGGAACUGUUUGAUCGGUGUGAGAAUAAGAGGCGGACGUUAUUUAAACUAGCCAGCGAGACUGAGGACAAUGACAGCAGUUUGGGGGACAUCCUGCAGGCCAGUGACAACCUCUCCCGGGUCAUCAACUCUUAUAAAACAGUUGUUGAAGGGCAGGUCAUCAAUGGUGAGGUGGCCACCUCAGCCAUUCCUGAUUCUGAAGGAAACCACUGCAGCAGUCCCCCCGGCACUCUCAUCGACCUGGCCGAGUGGGAUGCACCAAGCAGCUCAUCCCCUGUGUUGGCCCCAGCCCCCGCCCCACCCUCCCUGGGCAUCCCUGUCCUCCCGCCACCCCCCCAGACCUUGGCACCUGGGCCCAGCCACUCCAGCCAGGCCGAGGCCCCCCUAGGGCCCAGCAACACAAGCAAUGCCCUCUGCCUGCUGGACGAGGAGCUGCUCUGCUUGGGCCUCACAGACCCAGUCCCCAGUGCUCCUCCUGAAGAAUCAGUUGGAAACAGCCAGUGGCCCCUGUUCCAGGUAGAGAACAAGCAGUCAGAUGUGGAGUUCUGCGGUCCCAGUCCUGGUACUGCCUCCAGCCCCCCAGAAGGGCUUCUUCUCCAGCCCUCAACACUCGCCACAGGCAACUCCCAGGCUCCGCUGCCACCCGCUCGCCCAGCUCCUGUGGUCCCAGCCAGCAUCCCUGCUCCCAAAGCAGGCUUCUUGCUCCCUGCUGGACUGUCCCCAGCUUCAGCCCCAAAAGCUGACCCCACAGCCCUUGGUUACCACAACUCAGCUUUGGGCGACAGCCCCCUGCACCAGCUGGAUUCCCUCGAUCAGCUUUUAGAAGAGGCCAGAGUGACCUCAGGCCCGGUAAAGCCCAUCUCUGGCUUCUUUCCUGGGGCUACCACCUCGCCCCUGAUUCCCACUGGCACCUCAGUUAGGACUCUCCUCCCUUUCUCCCCGGGACCUGGCAGCCCUCUCUUCCAGUCCCAGGGCAGCCCCAUGAAGGCGCCCGAGCUCUCUCUGGCCAGUGUCCAUGUCCCCCUGGAAUCUAUCAAGCCUAGUAAUGCCCUUCCUGUGACAGCCUAUGAUAAAAAUGGCUUCCGCAUCCUUUUCCACUUUGCCAAGGAGUGUCCGCCGGGACGGCCUGAUGUGCUGGUGGUGGUAGUGUCCAUGCUGAACACGGCUCCCUUGCCUAUCAAGAGCAUCGUGCUGCAGGCCGCAGUGCCCAAGUCAAUGAAAGUGAAGUUGCAGCCACCCUCUGGGACAGAACUCUCUCCGUUUAGCCCCAUCCAGCCCCCUGCAGCCAUAACUCAGGUCAUGCUGCUGGCUAAUCCACUGAAGGAGAAGGCCAGGCUUCGGUAUAGGCUAACCUUCGCCCUGGGGGAGCAGCUGAGCACAGAGGUGGGUGAGGUGGACCAGUUCCCUCCUGUGGAGCAGUGGGGGAACCUAUGACCCCCAACAGAUGCUGUCACCUCCAUUUUGACGCCCAGGCAGGCUGUCCCAAGAUGAGAGGGCUCUCUGGACCCAGUCUUUCUCCAUGUCCUGACUGCAGUGCUUAGAGCUUUUGAUACUGAUCAAGGGCCCUGGGCUUCCCUACUGAGAGCCAAGCUGCUGUGUGAAGAUCUUGCCUCUUGUGGCCCCUAAAAGGACCUGUUUUUAUCUACCUGUGUGACUUGAAGUGGUCAUGUACUGUCAGGGGUUGGGAGUGGCCCCAUAGUCUGCACUACCGCCCUGGAAACUGGGGUAGGUUUUUCCCCUCGUGCAGGCAUCCCUUGGUGCCGGGGGUGGAGGUAGGGGGGUGGCCAUCUCUAAAAAGAAACUUGAGGGAGGGCCCCCAAGAACCAUGUCCUCACAGCCCCAGAGGCCUCAGCCCUCCACUGCUACUAUGUGCUUCCCCUGCUGGCAGGUUCUUGCUCCCACCUCCUGGGAGAUGGGCAAAGCCCAGUGGUCCCGAAUGGCCCUGGGCACAGAGUGAGGAGGUGGUGUGCUGACCCUCUCCAGCCCUGCCUUCUGUGGGCAGCAGCAUCCUGGAGUGGCCACCGGAUGAUGAGCUGUGUGCUUGUCCCAGGCAAUGGCAGGCUGUGUCCUACGGCCAUCUCAGGACAUGGAAUUCAGCCUGUUAGCAACAGAACUUGGGCCAAAACUAGGAAAGAAAAUAGAAGAGAAGCAGUGUUUCUCCUCUGGAAGCAGGUACUCAGAACUUCUAGGAAAAGUGUGCCUCCUGCCACGGGAACAGGCCGUCCUACUCACUACCUCUUGCUUGGCAUGAAAUAAACUGCUGUCCUGCCCUUCUAUGUCUGAAGGAGAGGACUACUCCCACCACCCUGUCUUCGGCCAUGCUUGAACUGAGUCACCAGACAGACCCUCUUGCUUUGAUAGUGCUCAGGCCCAGCUAACAUCCCAGCUGCUCCGUCCAAUUGGAUGCAACUGGGCCAGGGACUCCAGGCUUGCAGGGCAGUAGGAGAGUCGAGAACCACCAGCUGGCAAAAGAGCCCAUAGCUGGAUGAGCUCAGAGGCAUCUCUGGGGGAAGUGGUACACUCCACACUCCUUGAUCCCCUUCCUGCUCCUUGCCAGCCAGGUUUCCUUACUCCAUCAAGAGGUCGUUUUUUCCCUUCCCUCCCACCUUUAGCAAGCAGGUUUCACUGCUUCUUUAGGACAGGUCAAAAGUGAAUCAGUUUCACUAGUUAAGGAAUAAAUCCAAGAGCUUUCCAGAGACUGGCUGCUGUAGCCCUAGGAAGGUCUCUGGGAUCACUAUAUGGAAAUACACCUUAUAAGCUUUAGACUUUAAAAUCAUGUGUGUUACUAUUCAGGUCACUGCCUUGUGACAAACAGCUGUACUGGAUAUACCAACUCUGCUGCCCUUGUUUUGCUGCAUGUUAAAUAAAACCAUUUCUGCCCUA